AUGUUGGCUCGAAUCGUCGUUUCGGAAGGCUCGGUUAUGAAUGAUAAACGUUGCGGGGAAAAAGGCUCCGACAGUCUUCGAACUAGUCUCUGGAGCUCGCGAAAUCUACGUGUGAUGUCUCCAAGCGUAUCCAACGAACGGACAGACCGCGCGCACACGACUGACAAUUUAUCGGGCAUCGGUUGCCGUUCCUAUGUCCUCCUUAAUACACCUACCAUAAUCCGCCAAUUUACUUUAAGAGACAUCGAAGUUCUUGAGGAAAAUAAAACGUUCGAAACCUUACAAAUUCGGACCCUAAGCGGCGCUAUUUGUUGGGAUUGCUUGAAGACCGAGGAGUCUAUGGUUCAAAUGCAAGUUCCAUUAGCCACUGUUGAGCGCGCUACUUCGUGGAUCGAUUCUAUCACACUCGUCACCCGAGGUCUAAUCUUCAGAUCCUUCAAUCUUCUGCUAUUGAAGUGGGACGCAAUUAUUCGUUAAACACUUGAUAGAAUAAUAAUCAAAAAUGCUGUCCCGCAGACUGGUGAGAAACUUUAUGACAUCGGCCAUCAGGAGAUCCGGUGA